UGAAAAAAGUUAUUUUCACUUCCGGAGGCCACAGCCGGUCCUGCCUUCUUCUUGUACGCAGCCGUCCCUCCUUUGAGUCCUCUGUUCUCCUGCCAGCAGCAGACCUCCGCUCUGCCAACUUCUUCACGGCUUCACGUAAAGACAGUCAUUUUCCAACACCACUACCAUGUCCUCUGGAAACGCUAAGAUCGGCAAGCCUGCCCCAGACUUCAAAGCCACAGCUGUAGUGAAUGGACAGUUUAAGGACAUCCAGCUCUCAGACUACAAAGGGAAGUAUGUGGUCUUCUUCUUCUACCCCCUGGACUUCACAUUUGUGUGCCCCACUGAGAUUGUGGCUUUCAGCGACAGGGCAGAGGAGUUCCGCAGUCUCGGCUGUGAAGUUAUCGGCUGCUCCAUAGACUCUCACUUCAGUCACUUGGCAUGGAUCAACACACCAAGGAAGCAGGGAGGUCUGGGUAACAUGAACAUUCCCCUUGUGGCAGACCUCACCAAGACAAUCUCCAGAGACUAUGGUGUGCUGAAGGAAGACGAUGGCAUCGCAUACAGGGGUCUGUUUGUGAUUGACGACAAGGGCAUCUUGAGGCAGAUCACCAUCAAUGACUUGCCUGUGGGUCGCUCUGUGGACGAGACUCUACGCCUGGUCCAGGCCUUCCAGCACACUGACAAAUACGGAGAGGUGUGCCCUGCUGGCUGGAAACCUGGGAGCGACACCAUCGUCCCUGAUGUAGAGAAGAGCAAAGAGUUCUUCUCCAAGCAGUAAAAUGUGAAGGUCUUCUAACUGACUUCCUAACCGUAGCACUUGCCUUCAGAUGAGAGGUGUCCCUGUGAAGCAGUAUUUCAUGGCAUCCAGUCUAAUCUAUUAAACCCAACAAAAUUUCAGAACUUGUUAGAGAAAGAUUGCUGCAACUCUUUAUCUUUGUACGUCCAGUGUGCAAUUUGUGGGGCGACCUCAUAGUCUCAAGCACUGAAAGUAUAGUUGUUUUGUUCCUUUUUCAGAAAAAAAGUAUUGAUAUUUUUCCUUGCUGUCAUUAAUAAUUGAUGUGACCAUCUUUAUUAAAGCAGUGGAAAAAUUGUGA